AUGGCCGAUAAAAAGAAAAAGAUAUUGUUUUCAAAAGAUGCUAUUACGAGACGACCCAUGAUUUUAAAAUCGGACCGUGACGUUACAAAAGAUCAAAAUAAAGAUAAAUUAGAAAAAGAAAAACAACCUACGAUAAUUUUGAAGACUCGAGAACAGAGUACUCCGAAGGAAGAUCGACCUCAGAGUCCUAAAACUUACACAUCAGAAGGAGAUGGAUACUAUCCUAAUAAAAUUGCUCAAAAUGAAAACAAAGAUAAAAGGGGUGCAGAAGCAAAACCUACUGCCGGCCUGAAACUAAUGACAAAACCAGUUAAGUUAUUGGAUGAAAAUUUAGAAUUUAAUCAGUCUGCCUUGAAGUUCCUUCAAGAUUGUAACACCAAUUACCUGGUUGUUGGUAUAAUAGGUACACAAGGAGUUGGCAAAUCAAUGAUAUUAAAUUUAAUUGCUCAAAACUCUGCUAUAGCUGAUGUCUGCACACAAAUAUUACAUUCACAUGAAGUUACUAGCAACACAGAGGAAACAAAUGAUAUAUCUAACAUUGAAAAUCAAAUAGAGAACCUAAAUAUUGUGGAGGCUACUGAAGCAAAUGAUGACAAAAAUAGUUUUUUUAAGUUUAAAAUGCAAGAUAUGGAGCAGAUUGAAAGAGGUGCUCAUUGCACAAAAGGUAUAGAUAUGUAUGUAACAAAUGACCGAGUAAUCCUGUUAGACUGUCAACCACUAUGGUCACCGUCACUAAUCGAUGAAUCCAACAAUUUAUCAAUGAAUCCGAGAUGUGCAAAUAUAAUGACAGUGGAUUGCCUAGAAAUUGCAUCUUUCUUAAUGUCUAUAUGCCAUUUAUUAAUUGCAGUUCAGGAUUGGUUUACAGAUUAUAAUUUUAUAAGGUAUAUACAAACAGCAGAAAUGCUAAAACCAACAUUAUCAGCAUCAAGCACGGUGACUGCAAAUCCUGAAGGAUCAGAGUCGUCAUAUUAUGGAGAAGGUCAUCCACAUUUAUUGCUGUUGCACAACCGCUGCCAGUUAGAAGAUUUCACACCUGAGGCGAUUAAGACUAUGCAAGAUUUUUACAGGAAAGCUUUUCAAAGAUCCAACUUGCAAUUGAAUUCUGGCAUGUACAUGUAUAGUGAUAUCAACAAGAAUGGUCUUCAUUUAGAUCAAGUAUACAAAGAUUGUGACGUGGAGAAUGGUGGACCACCAAUAAAUUUGUUUCUUUUGCCUGAAAUUUAUAGCGAUUUCGAUAAAAGAGAAAUAUAUAGAGGUCAUCCAUCAUUCGAAGAACUGGCAAAACGUCUUCGUUGGCUUGUUCUCGGAGUAAAUAGGCAUCAAAUUACAAAUGUGCCUAACCUGUCAGAGAAGGGUUGGUUUCAGUAUUGCAGCAAGGCUUGGGAAACUAUAAGGAAGUGCACAUUCUUUAUUGAAUAUGAAAGAUUGUUACCUUGA